ACAGUUGGGUCGCCGAGUCAUCUCCGCGUUGACCGAUGAAUGGGGAUAAGAUGUGCCAGUGGUAGUCCUGCGUCUCUGACUUUCUUCCCACUCACCCACUACCACCUCGCACACCUCGCAAAAAACACUUGUUUCAAAACCUUUCAUCGUCUCAAAAUCUAGAAUGUCUAAUCCAGGUUUUUUCUAUGGAGCUCAACACACGAACAUCACUGGUAGCCAGAUGAAUGAUGUUGGUCACGAUCAGUAUAACACGACGAUUACAAACAUAAAGAACCUCAGUCUUACCGUGCCGCAGCAAGAAAAUGUACCGGUUUUGUCCUUCAACGACGCCCCCGUCGACCUCCUAUCUAUCCAUUUCGCUGGUCGAGACCAGGAGUUGCACACUAUCAAACAAUUAUUUGGUUCCAUUCAGGACGACGUACCAAGCCGCUGUGCCAUAUACGGGAUGCCCGGAAUCGGCAAGACACAACUUACGCUACAAUAUGCGAAGUUAUCGUACCAACAGAAACAAUACACUUAUGUCUUUUGGAUAUCGGGCGCUACCGUUGAGAAGCUGAAUCAAGGCUUCGUCAAACUCCUGAACCUUGUUUCUCAUCCGGAACGUAACAAUCCCGAGCAGGAUGCAAGGCUCGUCGCUGCACGCCGCUGGCUCGAGGAUUGUAGUGCUACUUCCUGGCUUGUUGUGUUCGACAACGUCUCUAGAGAUACACUCAGUUUUCUUCGAGAGCACGUCCCUCGGAAGAAUGUUCGGGGAAAUAUUCUUUAUACAACUCGAACAGAAGAUGUUGCCAAGGCCGUAGUCAAUGCUGCAGGACAGCAGCAGCACAUCCUUGAACUCCGCGUUCUCGACAUCAAGGAUGCUGCCAGCCUAUUUUUCCAAAAUGCCGAGAUUGACGAAGAAGACACAUCUUCCUCUUCUGGAGAUUGCCUCUCGCAAUUGUUCACGCGGCUUCUUUUAUGAGAGAAUCGGCUCUCACACUCUCAGAACUACUAGAGCUCUACGAAAGUGCCGAGAAUAAAAUGGAGAUAUUGAAUUGGGAGAAUGAUCUGACCCCGUACGAGCAAGCAUCAAUUGUUGCGAUGUUCAAGAGCAUUUUGGAGCGUCUAUCUCCAGAGGUUCGCCAUGUCUUGAACAUACUUUCCUUCU